AUUCUGGUGGGGUGUAUGAGGAGGAGGGGAGUAAGAGAAGGGCUGGUAGAGAGGUGGAAGAAGGUCAAGUGGUUAUGGAAGGGAAGGGAGAUAGAAGAGGUGAGAAAGUUUAGAUAUCUGGGAUAUGUAGUGAUGGCGAAUGGAGGACAAAAGGAACAUAUAAAAGAAAGGAUAAGGAAGGGAGCGGUGGUGAUGAGAGAAGUAUGGGGGAUUGGAAAGAGAAGAUUUGGAAAGGAUUGGGCGAGAAGGAUAUGGCUAUUUGAUAGAUUGGUAUGGACAGUGAUGGGAUACGGUGUGGAAAUAUGGGGGUGGAAGGAAAGGGAAGAAGUAGAGAGGAUGCAGGACAGAUAUCUGAGAUGGUUAAUGGGAGUGGGAUGGAGGGCGCCGGGAUAUAUGGUAAGAGAGGAAUUGAUGAGGGAAAAAAUGAGAGGGAGGGCGGGGAUGAGGGCUUGGGGGUAUGAGAGGAAGUUAGGGGAGGGAGGAGGAGGGGAGAUGGCGAGAUGGUGCUGGAAGGAGAUGAGAGAAAGGGCAAAGAAAGGAGAAGUGGUAGGAGAAUGGGAAAGGGAGAGGAAAGAGUUUUAUAGGAAAAAAGGGUGGGAAAUAGAGGAGAUAGAGAGGAUGAGGGAGGAAGGAGAGCUAAGGGGGGAGGAGGUGGUAGGGAGAGAGAAGAGAUUGCAGGAAAAAGAAAGAUGGGACAAAAUAAAGGAGUCGAGAACGAAUGAAUGGUAUAAAAGGAUAAAGGGCAAAGGAAUACCGGGCUACUUGAAGAAGGGUUGGAAGGAAGAAAGAUGGCAAAGGGUAGCGAGAUUUAGAUUAGGGGUGGAAAUGAGAGGCGGUAGAUAUUGGGAGAAGGAGGACAAAAGGAAAUGCAGG